CAUUUACCGGUAUUUCUAAAUAUAGAGCGAGGAAGAAAAUAUACCGGGUCGAUUCGUAAAUCUGGCAAUACACAAGAUGGAAGUUAACAUGUGGAGUGUACUCCUAGGUUUGCUUGUUUUCACAACAACUCCAGCAGAGACAUCAACAUGUUGUUUACCGCAAAUGGAAGGGACAUUAGGCUUCUCAAGCGGAUACCAAGUAAAAGACAAGGGUUUCCUAACAGAGGCCAUAUUUCGACUUGCAUAUGAUGUGAAAGGAAAAAGACAGUCCACUCUAGGGGAGGGACAAACUAAUGGAAUACCAUUUAAAACUCAUCAAAUUGACGAUUAUGCGGCGGGCAAGAAGUACACAGUGACAAAUGGAAAGUGCGUUAUUGUACCUUUAAAAACUGAGAUGCUAUACUGUAUUCCAUCUGAUGCGAAACUGGUGAUGUCAACCUUUAUUGGAUUUGAUGACAAGAAAAUUGAUGUGGACAUGUACUCAUUCUCAUUUCAAGGAGCCACUGUUACUAUGUCCGUCACAAAAGACACCUGUGUACCGGUAUCGGAACACGUCACAUAUCCAAAUGUGUUGGUUGAUGUUGGUUACAUGGGAAUGACCAGUGGUAUUCAAAACACUACUGUCUUUGAUAUUCCAAAGCCUUGUCAAAAGGUUGGACUUAUGGGAGUUCCUCAUGAACAAAAUGAUAUUGAGCACUUGAGACACAGAAGACAUUCUCCUUUGUUCCUUUAACCAUCUUUUUUUCUGUGUGAUGAAUCUCCGUGUGGUUUUCGUGUCGAAGUCAACUUUAAUUCAACAAAUGAAUUUAUCACUAUGCUAUUUUUUAAUGAGUUACUCAGUUUUGUUUGUAAUUUAAAGAAAAGUCUAAACGACUUUUCCAGAUCAAUAAUAAGCUCAAAUAAGAGAGGAAAAAUUAAAGUGUUUUUUAUGGUAUACCAAAUUAUUGUUUGUAAUCUAGAUCUGUAUCCAUGAUAUAGACAUAUCGUACAUGUUGAUGGCAAAAUGUUCAAAUAGUUUAUAGAAUCUAUAAAGUUUUACUCUUGUUUUAGUUUGCAACUUUUAAUGCGAAAUUAAGAUUGACAUUUUCUUUUAUUUAGUUUGGAACUUUUUGUAGAAAGUAUAUCAAAAUAAUUAAAAUAUCUGUCUUCAG